GACAAUUUUCAAGCGGCAGAAAUGUUUCGUUCGUAUUACGUUUACGCACUGGUGCAGCUGCUGCUACUUGCAUCCGUCUGCCUGGUGCAUUUUCGGAUGACGGACAUGGGGAUCCUGGAGCCGCAGUCGAUCGCAGUUGACCCCAAGGAACGCGUGCCGGCCGAUCGUCUGGUGGUUUUCGUCAAGGACGGCCUUCGUGCCAAGACCUUCUUCGAGGACUAUUGCAACAACCUGCCGCUGCUGCGGCAAGUGUUCCUGAGGCAGGGUCUCGUGGGGAUAUGCCACCCCGCACCGUCCACCGAUUCGCAGCUCUCCUCCUACGUGGCCCUUUUCUCGGGCUUCUAUGAGGAUGCGGCAGCGGUUGUUCACAACUGGCUGCUGAGUCCAGCUCCGAUUGAUUCGAUUUUCAAUCGCAGCUCCUACAGCUAUGCCUGGACCACGGCCCGCAUGGCGAGACGCUUUCCAGACAUCCACAUGGCCACAGUUCUCAGUCCAGAAGUCAGUCCAGGCAUUGAUAUGGACGAAUCGGUGUUUCGAGCCGUGGACACGUUUCUAUUGAGCGAAUCCCAGGCGUUGCAGGAGCGCACUGGCCUUCUCUUCUUCGUGCAUCUGAUGUCGGGAGAGGAUGCCAGCGGUGCGCCUGUCACGUGCGGAAAUCUCAAGUUCACGGACAUCAAUGUGUGGAAAAUGUACAAACGCUUCGAGGAUUCGUUUCCGAACCAACGAACAGCCUAUCUGCUGACCUCCGACUUUGGGUUUCCACAUUCGCAUGGGUGUUCAAACAAGAGCAACAAACUGGUGGAGGCUCCCUUCUUCCUCUGGGGCUCUGGCGUUAAUCAUCUCACGACCAUUCGAGGCCGCAGCUUUGUGGCCAAUGCCCAGGAGCAGAAGCUGCCGCUGCAAGUUCUCAAUCCCAUUCAGCUGACUCCCCUGAUGAGCGCACUUCUGGGUGUACCACCGCCGGCAAACAAUCGCGGCAGGCUUCCGAGCGGGUUCCUCAGAGUUAGCAGCCGUUACGAGGCCAAUGCCAUGCACACCAACUCCCUCCAGCUGCUGGCCCAAGCGUGGCACCUGCUCCAGCGCCACAAGGCUGGACUCUUCUCCCGAGCAUUGCCGGCGCACUGGCUAAACUUCAAGCUAAUGGAUAGCUUCGUGAAGGCGGCUCGCGUCCUAAAACAGCAGCAGCGCUUCAAGUCCUUGCUGGAGUACACCAGCAACUACAUGCCGGCGAUUGUCAAGUGCAUUGACUACUACAUGGACUACUAUCGCAUCGUCCUCUUGGUGGCCGCCUCCGUGGCGUUGCUGGGAUGGGUCUACUGCUUGCGAUGCCAUUUGGAGAGGCCCGGAGGGCCGGGCGACUCUGGUGAGAUCUCGGAGGAAUUAUCCGACUGCCUGUGGGGAUCGAACAUCAUCUCUCGCGCGGUCACGCUCUUCCUCGUGGCCCUCAUGUGCCUGCAAAGAGUCCCCUUGGGGGUGCAGGCUGUUUUGCUGCUGCCUUGCCUCGUGUGGGUCUUGGCACUGAGAGCUCUGAAGAGAAGUGGCAACAUGGUAUCCUGCAGCCGCUUGAUGUGGCCCCUGGUGCUCGCACAGAUCGGCCUCGGUGGCUUCUUUCGACGAUACAUCAUGGCCAUGGGAUACUUGGGCUUCGCCUGCUACAGCACCCGCGGUGCAUUUCGAGCGCGCGGGCCUCACUUCUAUCUGUGGCUGCUGCUGCUCCUAGCACUCGGCUACAUAUCCGUUCUUCCAGAAUCCAUUGGCUGCUCGCAUCGCAACAUUCUACUGAUCAGCAUUCCGCUCACAUUUGUGCGCCCCUUGGCCUUUGGAGUCUGUCCCGGUCUGGCAACGUUGCAGAUAAAUGGCGCAAUACUGCUGGCCGCCUUCGUCCAUGUUGCAGCUGCUUCGCUACCCUGCCUGAUGGCUCUGUCGUCAUGGGUGUACUUCUUUUACAUCGCAUAUUCUCAAAGGCGCAGUCUCCAGAUCACAGAGCUAACCGUCUUCAACCUGAGCACGCUGUACACACUGACUUGCACGUCGUUCGAGUCGCUGGUCAUCCAAAUGCUUGCGAUGGAACUCCAAUUGGGACUGAGACUGCGGACCGCCGACGAACAAUGCAUCCCAGCCAAGACGGCUGCUCUGUACAUACUGGUAUACAGCUGGUACUCCAUCUUCGCGACUGGCAACAUUCCCGCUUUGGUUGUGGACUUUGCCCGGAUAAUGAAUGAAACCUGUUUCGGCUAUUAUCUCUGGACCAGUGGUCUGGUGAUUGCGUUGAAGCUGCUUCUGCCAUGGCUCCUAAUUGUCUGCAUCCUGGGCGGGGCAUACAAAGAUUUGUGGUCUCAGGAACGCCAGAUCUUUGCAUGGCUGAUGUUCAUGUGUAGCACAAUGGCAGUUGGACUCCUUUGGUGCGUCGUCAAUAACGGUACCUCGCGGGAAAUCGUCGGCAGUUUCGCAGCAAUUGCCGUGGUACUGGUUUUCCCCUUUCUGUGGCUGCUGUUAUGGCGCCUGGCCCACUUAAAGGUGGCCAACAAAUGGAUCUCGCAGCUUCCCACUCAUUUAAGCCCGCCGCCGCAUCAAGUAAACAACAUUUAAAUCUUCGCCCGUAGCGAU